AGUGAUCUCUGCAGCAGCAGGGAGGGAGUAGAAUGCCUGCACUAAGCGCUCUGACAGGCCGCCACGCCGACAGGUGGCUCUGAACAGGGCGGUAGCAGUUCUAUGCGCUGCCUAUGCGCUGCAGGCCUCACCCAAUCCCUGCAAGCCGUCCGUUGUUUUACCACUGUUCAACGGCUGAGCACCGCCAUGACGCGGGGUUCUAAUGGGCCUGCCAGUGGGCAGUUAUGGCUGGAUUGUGCUUCCGCUCGAGCCAAGGCGUAUCCCCAUGGAGUUCAGCCAUCGACGGGUGUGGAACCUCAUCUCUAUUCGAGUGCAAAACGACAAGAUGUGCUGUCCAGCAAAGAGCAGUCGUCUGCCGGUUGCAUGAAGAACUACGGGGACAGCGGUGCUUGCCUCUACGAUUCAGGCAGGACUGAUUCAGGUUUUCUGUCGGGUGCGAAUAUAGUUUCUGAACAGUGUUUGUCGUCCGAUGAUAUUUCGUGUUCGAGGAAGUUUACAGACAGUGCAUUACAAGAGUCAGUUUCUGAGGACAGGUUAGAGGACAACUCAAAGAGCCGUAUGAGACUGGACAAGGAAGAUUCCAUGAGGCUGGACAGUGGUGUUGACGUGAACGAGCAGUUCAGUAGUCUCAGUAUAAGCCCUACGAACGAUCUGAAUUCUGGCCCUUCAAAUGACCUGAACGCCCCGUUCUCUAAGUCUCGGAGUCGGGAUUCGGCGGUGGCGACGACAUUUACGAAUAUCUCGCCCCUGUCCCCGACGAGUAAAGUAUCUCUCACGCAGCCGCAACAGAGUUCCGAACAGCUGCAACAUCAUCAGCAGCAGCAACCUGUUGCUGCACCUGCGUGGGAACUGUACUAUCAACAGGAUGAAGAUGGCGACACGCAACUUCAUAUUGCAAUUAUACAAGGCUUUAUUGAAGUUGUGUACGCUCUCAUCCAAAUGGCACCUCACCCAUGCUUCCUAGAUAUUGUAAACUACGAAUGUCAGUCGGCACUGCACCUGGCAGUGCUUACGAGACAGCCAAGGAUAGUCCGGAGGCUUGUGGUUGCGGGUGCGACGGUGGACAUUCGUGAUCGUUCGGGAAACACUGCUCUGCAUUUAGCGUGCCUCAAUGGAGACAUUGACUGUGUUCGCGCUCUUACUGAGCCUGUGACUGUGGCGGAAGAAACGAUGGCAGGCCUCAGGUAUCGCACGUACCAGCACCAUGUUCCGCAGGACCUAGAAGAGAGAAACUACGACGGUCAGAUGUGUAUACACAUGGCAGCACUGAGUGGCAAUGUGGAAGUCAUAAAGCAUCUGGUUGUCUGGUGUGGUGCAGACAUCAAUGCCAAAGAUGGGAAGAGUGGUCGCACAGCGCUACACCUGUGCAUCGAGUUGGGCCUGGCGCAUGUGGCGCGUUUCCUGGUGGAGGAGCUGGCAACGGGUCUGCAGCUGGAGGCAGCUACGUAUGCUGGCUACACCGCUUACCAACUGGCAGCUGCCGUAGACUCGGCACUCGCGAGGCAGUUGAGAGAGCAUGGCGCACAGCCCAGGCCGCUACCGGACGACGAACAGAGUGACGAAGAAGACAGUGACGACAGUGACGCUGAGAUGUACCAGGUUGGGCGCGACAUUGGUUUUAGCAGUCUGAGAAUGAACGGGCAGCCUGUCGACAUCACUGCCUAGAGAGGCACGAAAAGACUGCGGGCUACAUGUGGCUAGUGAGCCACCAGCUCGGUUGUGACUGAGGAGGUAUGCAACUGGGGAAGUUGACUCCUGUGCCAUACUCAAAUUGUCUUGUGGUGGAUGGACUGGUUCAGUGUUUUGGCAGCCAUUCUCUGGUAAUCACUAUUUGAGAAUAACUAUGUACUUUGGGAUCAAAGGACUACAGAGAUUGUAUAAAUUAUUGGUCCAAUAAAGUGGAAAGAAAAGUGGAAAAGAUGGUCGGAUUGUUACCUAUGUCAUUCUAGUUUGUUCUAGAAUGCUUAUCCGGAUCCUGGCAGCUUAAUGUGCACUAAUGAGAAAGUAGUAUUGUGUUCUCUUACACAUUAAAUGAACUGCUCUAUCGUCACCUACCCUUUGAAUCCCAUUCUAGUCUCGGGAUGAAAGAUCUGGUUAUAAAUUUCUAUUUGGCUCAUUAUUAGGAAAAGGUUUCACUGCCAAUAAAUUUAUUUGUUUGCAGUUAUGAAAGUUUUAAUUUUAAAUUAAUUGUAAGGGUCUUAAGACAUAUUUGUAAUGUGAUUCAGUGACUUUUCCUGAGAUGUUGUUCAAUAGCAAGCUGUUCGCAGGGAUAUUCUGCUUGUUAAGAACUGUACCUGCAUAUUUUAAACUAAUAUAAAUACUGUACAUUUUCACGCAUUUCAAAGUGACAUUGUCCAUUACAAUUCGGUGCUCAUUGUUAUUUAUUACUCAUCUAAUGCCUAUACUUACGCAUCUUUUUCUAAGAUGCACAAUCAGUGUUGCAUAGUUCACUGUAUAAUGUUCAGGAAGCAGGCAGAUUUUUGCAGGCAAAAUGAUAGUUCAAAACUUGAAGUUGUCACUGCCUUAUACUGUUGUUAACCUUUGGGAAAUAACUUAUGACUGAAUUACUGUUAAAGUUUGUGAUAUCUGCCUGUGGAAAGUAAUUGUUGUUUGUUUUAGUAAGUUGUUGAAGUGUUAAUCUAUAUUUACACGUUGUAUGAAGCCACAUUUUUGUGGUUUCUUUAUGAACUUGUAUUUGCCAGUCAGUAUAACAUAUUUUUGUGUAUCAUCUUGUAAAUACUGGUAUGUAAGUGCAACUAUUUUAAGAUGAAGCUAGAGGCAUUGAAUAAAAUGCUGUUAAUUAUAA